AUGGGCCAAUCUUCCUCCAUCCCAAAUGAAACUGCCCAGCUCGUAUUCACAUCGACCUCUCUCCAAGACAACGCCGUCCAAUGCGAACAGCUUGGUCUCCUGUACAAAAUCUCCACAUCCUCGGGCUUCGCACAUCGGACUACAACGUUUGAGAGAUGGGAUGCGCGGUUACAAAGAGGUGUGCCUAUUGCAGAGUGGGAAAGGAAGUCCUUUCGCAAGGACAAGAUUCGGAUGUAUCCUGGGUCGCCAAUGGAUAGGGAACCAGUGCCGGUGAAAGAAUUUAUGCAGCGUUCGGGCUGGGGCUCGAUGAAGCGCACAUUUAUUGCGAACAAUGGGAGGCAAUACGUCUGGAAAGCGAGUACGGGCAAUGGUAUGAAGUUGUACAGAACAGACAAUAAAGAUGUGCCGCUCGCAUCUUUUGCUGAUGCACAUCAUGUCUUCAACCGGCGUCCACAGCAUAUCAAGCUUGCACCAGGAAGCGAAGAGAUAAUUGAUUUUAUUUUAGUGACCUGUGUCAUUGUCGAAGCAGAAGUUCGUGCCAAUCGUUCAUCAAGCGCUGCAGCGAAUAAUGCAGCCGCAUCUUCAGCUUCAGCCGCCGCCGGACGGGAAGUUUGCUCGACAUGA